AAACGAAAGCAAAGCUGUCGUUAACCUUGAACUUUAUCCAAUCAGACCUUCUCUCGCGCUUUUCUUCUCUUCUCUUCUCUUCAUUUCCGAUAGAAGCCAUGCCCAUGGAUAGGCUUCUAUCCUCUUCUCUUCUUCACGCCAAUCUCAAGCCCUUCACACGAUUUCACUCCCCAAGCUUCAAUCUUUUCUCCUCGCCGCCUUCUUCCUUCACUUCAAUUUCUUGCCACCAUGAAAACCCAUCAUCUCCCUUGUCGGUUUCUGUUCCCAAAACCCUACCACCCCUUAUCUCCUCUCAACUCAUUCGUCCUCAAACCUCCACACCCCAAUUCCAACCCCUCAAUCAGAUCACCACUGGGAACAAUUUCCAGAAACCAAAGGCAAUAAUAACAGCUCGGACAUUGGCAGUACUGUCUGCUCUUGUUUUGCUCUUGAUCCAGCCAGCUUUUGCUCCGGCAGCUUUUGCAACAUUUCAAAAUGCUGCCAAGACUGGUGGCCCUGCCGCUGCUGCAGUUGGUGGAAAACUUAUCCGCACUGAGCUUCUAAGCAGUGCUUGGACUGGUUUCUUUGCUGGUUGCUUGCACACACUAUCAGGGCCUGAUCACCUUGCAGCUUUGGCUCCAUUGUCAAUAGGCCGAUCCCGAAUGGAGAGUGCUGCUGUUGGAGCCCUUUGGGGCUGUGGCCAUGAUGCUGGUCAAGUUAUCUUUGGCUUGAUUUUUUUGCUCCUAAAGGAUCGACUUCACAUUGAAAUUAUCCGAACGUGGGGCACAAGAGUGGUUGGCCUUACCCUGCUAGUAAUUGGUGCUAUGGGGAUUAAGGAAGCUUCAGAAGUGCCUACUCCAUGUGUUGCCUUGGAAAAUGGUGAAUGUGAUGUCAACGUCUAUGAAUCGCGUGAUAGUAAUCCUGUAGUAGGAAAGAAGAAGAUUGGUUUUGCUACUUUUGCCACGGGAAUAGUUCAUGGACUGCAACCAGACGCACUGAUGAUGGUGUUGCCUGCCCUUGCUCUGCCUUCACGGGUGGCUGGUGCUGCAUUUCUCAUUAUGUUCUUAUUUGGAACUGUUGUUGCAAUGGGGAGCUAUACGGUAUUUAUUGGUUCGUGUAGCGAGGCACUAAAAGAUAGAGUACCUAGAAUAACCGAGAAACUUACUUGGGCUUCUUCUCUUGUUGCAAUAGCCCUUGGAUUUGCCAUCAUCAUUAGCCAGUUUUUUGGGUUUAGCCUUUAUUAGUACACUUUAAUGAGCCAGGAAUCUUUUUUAUGAAUAUCGUUUUGCUAAGAAAAAGUAGGGACGUUAGAGAGAAAUUUGCUUGUUUGGAGUAAGGUAUUAUUUAUGCAAAAUGUGAUUUUGAUUUUGUCUA